GACACCACCUCCUCUUCUUCUUCUUCUUCUUCUUCCGGACACGUUAUUGUUGCAUCAGCAUCGAACCUCAGCGGUGAUGUCGUCCUCCGCAGAUCCAGUGAAGGCAAAGCGGGUUCAGCCCCCCUGGUCUCCACCAGCAGGGACAGAUGUUCCUCAGCUUCUGCUCUACAACAGUCUGACCAGAGCCAAGGAGCCGUUUGUUCCUCAGAAAGGGAACAAGGUCACAUGGUACUGCUGUGGCCCGACCGUCUACGACGCCUCGCACAUGGGACACGCCAGAUCCUACAUAUCAUUCGAUAUUCUGCGCAGGAUUCUCAGAGACUACUUCAAGUUCGACGUCCUCUACUGCAUCAACAUCACAGACAUAGACGACAAAAUCAUUAAACGGGCCCGACAGAACUACCUCCUGGACCAAUACAAGGAGAAGCAGCCGAAAGCUGCUCAGAUCCUUCAGGACGUCCUGAGCGCCAGAGACCCCUUCCAGGUUCUUUUGGCUGCGACCACAGAUCCAGACAAGAAGCAGAUGCUGGAGAGGCUGGACGCCGCGGUCACUGGCGCCCUGAAGCCUCUGCAGGCGGCGAUGGAGAGCGGCGCCGAGCCGGUGCAGCCGCUGGCAACGGCCCUGCUGGAGAGUUCCAAGGACCUGCUUGCUGAUUGGUUGGACACACAGUUUGGAAGUCAAGUCACAGAGAACUCGAUCUUCUCCAUUCUCCCUAAAUACUGGGAGGGAGAAUACCACAAAGACAUGGAAGCUCUGAACGUUCUUCCCCCUGAUGUUCUCACCCGGGUCAGCGAGUACGUGCCUGAGAUCGUGGAGUUUGUGAAGAAGGUCGUCUCCAACGGUUACGGGUACGAAUCCAACGGCUCCGUGUACUUCAACACCUCCAAGUUCGAUUCCAGUCAGCAGCACUCGUACGCCAAGCUGGUGCCAGAGGCCGUCGGAGAUCAGAAAGCUCUGCAAGAGGGAGAAGGUGACCUGAGCAUCUCCGCCGACAGACUGAGUGAGAAGAAGUCUCAAAACGACUUUGCCUUGUGGAAAGCUUCCAAACCAGGGGAGCCGUCCUGGGACUCUCCCUGGGGGAAGGGACGACCUGGCUGGCACAUCGAGUGCUCGGCCAUGGCUGGGUCGGUCCUGGGAGAGUCCAUGGACAUCCACGGGGGGGGAUUUGAUCUGCGAUUCCCUCACCACGACAACGAGCUGGCUCAGUCUGAGGCUUACUUUGAUAACGACUGCUGGGUGCGAUACUUCCUGCACACCGGACACCUGACGAUCGCAGGCUGCAAGAUGUCCAAGUCUCUGAAGAACUUCAUCACCAUCAAGGACGCGUUGGCAAAGAACACAGCGCGACAGCUCCGCCUGGCGUUCCUGAUGCAUUCCUGGAAAGAUACGCUGGACUACUCCUCCAACACGAUGGAGUCGGCCGUGCAGUACGAGAAGUUCCUGAAUGAGUUCUUCCUCAAUGUGAAGGAUUUACUGCGAGCUCCGACCGACGUCACGGGUCGGUUUGAGAAGUGGGAGGCGGCCGAGAUGGAGCUCAACGACAGUUUCUACGACAGGAAGUCGGCCGUGCACGCGGCGCUGUGCGACAACAUGGACACUCGCACGGCCAUGGAGGAGAUGAGAGUCCUGGUGAACCAGAGCAACAGCUACAUCGCCAGCAGGAAGAGCAGCAAGCUGCGGCCCAACCGGCUGCUGGUGGAGAGCGUGGCCGUGUAUCUCACCAACAUGCUGAAGAUCUUUGGCACGAUCGAAGGCUCCGAUCCCGUUGGUUUCCCUGUGGGGGGGCAAGGUCAAAGUAUUGACCUGGAGAGCACGGUGAUGCCGUAUCUCUCGGUGCUGUCGGACUUCAGAGAGCGGGUCAGACAGAUCGCCAGAGAGCAGAAAGUGACGGAGCUGCUGCAGCUCUGCGACAUCGUCCGGGACGACACGUUACCGGAGCUCGGCGUGCGACUGGAAGACCAUGAAGGUUUGCCUACCGUGGUGAAGCUGGUGGACAAGGAGACGCUACUGAAGGAGAGAGAGGAGAAGAAGAAGAUGGAAGAAGACAAGAAGAGGAAGAAGGAGGAAGCUGCCAGAAAGAAGCAGGAACAAGAGAUGGCCAAACUCGCCAAGAUGAAAAUCCCUCCAUGUGACAUGUUUCGUUCAGAAACUGACAAAUAUUCCAAGUUCGAUGAAACGGGUUUCCCCACGCACGACGCAGAGGGCAAGGAGCUGAGCAAAGGUCAAGCUAAGAAGCUGCGUAAACUCUACGAGGCUCAAGAGAAGUUACACAACGAGUUCCAGCAGACGAGCCAGAACGGAAACUGAUUCAGUGAAGGUUCUCCAAACCAUCCGCGAGUGUUCGACCUCAUCAAUGAUGUUUUUGUUCAAAUCUGUCUUUAGACAAUUUCUUCACAGUUUCACCAGUUUGGACCCGAACAUGACGUGAUUAGAUUCCAGAGGUCAAAGGUCACAGGGAACUCAUGAGUCUGGGAGAUAAGCGUGUGUAGACUGAGGCUCUGAUUGGAGGAGACGUGCGACUGCAGGACGGUGACUUUCGUUUCUGACGAAUAAAAGAGGUUUUAUCUCAUUUGUAUGAAUUCUGUGAUUGUUUACAAGAUGUUGAGGUUUGUUCGAUUCGAUUUUUAUUAAACCUGAACUGAAGGAACUUUCCAGGUGUUAAAUAAAUAUCAGGAUCUAACUAACGUCCUCUAGAAACAAAACAACCUUUAACCCACUGACAUGUUACAGGAUGCGUCUCGCUGAGCGUCUGUUCACCGGAGUCCAAGACGCCGCUCGGCUCUUUUUGUCUCUUCACACUUUCCCUCAGAUUCAUCAGGUAUUUGUAGACGUGAUUUUAAUUCAGCUGCUGAUCUGCAGAGCAACGUUUGACGAUGACUGUAAGAAAACAGUUCUCAAUAAAAACACAUGAACCAUCACAGAAGGAAGUGCGUUAUUCUGAAGAAACAUAAUAAAAAGCUGUUCUACAGGU